GUGAUUUUCUUUAACUUUCUCUCUGAAUUUUCCUUUUUAUCUAACUUUCUGGCCGUCCAAACGGGUAAAAUAAGAAGAAGAAAAACAAUGAGAAGGGAUGAUUUAUACAUUACAGUUCCGAGUCUUUUCCGGUGUCCGAUAUCACUGGACGUGAUGAAAUCCCCAGUGAGCUUGUGCACGGGGGUAACAUACGACCGAGCCAGCAUCCAACGGUGGUUAGACGGCGGCAACAACACGUGUCCAGCCACGAUGCAAGUUCUUCAAAGCAAAGAACUCGUUCCGAAUCGGAAUUUACAAAGACUCAUUCAGAACUGGUCCGACUCAGUCUCUCGACGUCAAGUCGACGCGGAACUGGCGGUGCCCAGCUCAGUCGUUGUUACUUCCAAGGAUCAGGUCAAACUCUUGGUUAAACAGCUUGAUAACAAUUGCUUUUCAUCGUUAACGAAGAUCGCUUGUUUCGCGAGAGAAUCGGAGGAGAACCACGAAUUCCUCGCAAGAAUGGACGGUUUUUUGAACGUGGUGUUUGAUUUCAUGAGGAAUGCGGAAUCGGACAUCAAAUCAAUCGAACAUAUUGUUAGGAUUUUGGAUUUGAUACAAAGCAAAAUUCUGGACAAGAAGCCGUUGCUGGAAUCAGACUGCUUGUCAACGUUUCUUUUCGUUCUACAACGAGGAGCUUCGGAUUCGCAAAUUCAAUCGCUUCGAUUACUGGAGUCCAUAGCGAUCGAUGGAGAAUCCAAGCUAAAAAUAGCCGAAAAAGAGGGAUUACUGCUCGAAUUAGUGAAUUCAUUAGGCAAAGAGAAGGAUCAACGAUUGAUCGAGGCCAACUUAUCCUGUUUGAGCGCGAUCACAAAGCCUAAAAGAGUAAAAACCAAACUGAUCCAAUAUCGAAUCAUUCCACAACUGAAGAACCUCUUAUCCGAACCAAACAUGAGCGUUUCGAUAGUCGAGAAGUCACUUAAAAUGCUGGAAACACUAUCGUUUUGCGAAGAAGGGAGAAUGGAAAUACGGCAUGAUUCGAUAUUGGUACGGGCGCUCGUGCAGAAGGUGUUGAAAGUAUCGAACAAAGCGACGGAGCAUUCGGUGACGGUACUUUGGAUCGUUUGUUGUUUGUUUAGCGAGGAGAAAGCGCAAGAAGCGGUGUUGAGUAGUAGCAAUGGGAUGACCAAGUUCUUGUUGCUGAUGCAAAGCGAUUGUACUUCAGCGAUUAGGCAAAUGUCAGCAGAUUUGCUCAAGAUUUUUCGGGUAAAUUCAAACUCUUGUUUGUCAAGUUAUGAUACCAAGACUACGCAUAUUAUGCCCUGCUGAUGAAUUUGCUUUCUCUGUUAAUUUUCCCUUUCUCGUGUUGAAGAAAUGGGGUAAGAAGAUUACCCAUGCCUGUAAAUCGAAGGAAAAUUUUGUUAGCGGAAUAUUAAAAGAG